AUGCUAGACAAAGGUGCAUCGAGAGAAGCAGCGUGUAGCAGCGGCUGGCUGCACUAUUUACAAUUCGUUCGUGGCGCGGCUUUAGACAAUAGACACGCCUAUCCGGAAAAUUGGGAGGAGUUACGCCAGCUGCGAGCCGGUCGCUUUUUUAGUCAGACAAUGUUUGUUUCCCCCUUCGGAUCAACCUCGUUACAAGCGUUAUUGAGCAAUCGCCGCACAAAACAGAAUAAACUAAAGCGACCCAUUCGGAAUGGUGGCCGCCACAGCCGCCGAAUUCCCAAGGGAACAACACAGACAGACAAACGGGCGACGAUUGCUAUGUACCAUCAGCAAAUGAAAUUGUCCAUCGACAAAGGCCGCAUGAUGGAUGCUUUAAAUCACGCAUCAUCUUUCCUUGGCGAACUUAGGACCUCAAACUUGGCCCCGAAGGAAUAUUAUCAAUUAUAUAUCACCGUAACAGAUCAACUUCGUCAUUUAGUUGUUUAUCUAACGGAAGAAUUCGAUCGUGGUAAAAAGAUGGCCGAUUUAUAUGAAGUUGUUCAACAUGCCGGCAAUAUAAUUCCGAGACUAUAUUUGUUGAUAACAGUUGGUUAUGUUUAUAUGAAAACAACCCCAAUCUGUCGAAAAGAGAUCCUCAAAGAUUUAGUUGAAAUGUGUAGCGGUGUUCAACAUCCUUUACGUGGUUUAUUUUUACGCAAUUAUCUACUACAAAUGUGCAGAGAAGUUUUACCAGCAACAAAUGAUAAUCCAAGUGAAGGUGUCCUACAAGAUUCGCUUGAUUUUAUUUUGAUUAAUUUUGCUGAGAUGAACAAACUAUGGGUCAGAAUACAACAUCAAGGGCAUUCAAGAGAAAAAGAUAGAAAAGAAAAGGAUAGGCAAGAUUUACGUUUGUUAGUUGGCACUAAUCUAGUCAGAUUGUCACAAUUAGAAGGAGUUGAUGUUGAUUGUUAUAAGGAUACAGUAUUACCUAGUGUUUUAGAACAAAUAGUUUCUAGUAGAGAUGCCAUAGCGCAAGAAUAUCUUAUGGAAUGUCUUAUUCAAGUUUUCCCCGAUGAAUUCCAUUUAGCUACAUUAAAGCCAUUCUUCAAUAGUUGUGCCUUGUUAAUGGAGCGGGUUAAUGUUAAAAAUAUUGUAACAGCCUUAAUUGAGAAAUUAUCCGCGUCCAAACUAGAUGAACCAAAGCCAAGUGAGUUGUAUGAUGAAUUUACAAAACAAAUUGAUCAUAUCAUUGAAACUAGAGAAGAUAUUCCAGCUGAGGGCGUGAUCGCAAUGAAAGGCGCUUUAAUAAAGUUUGCUCUUAAAAGGAUGCCGGAUGAAGAGGAUGCCAUUGAUAAAGCAUUAAAUAGUGGAUUAGAAUUGUUGAAAGAUAAGGAGGCCAGCCAAGCGUUACACAAAGAAUUAGUAUCCAUAUUAAUGCUUCAGAUUGGAAACACUCGACGAGACAUGUUGAUCAAGUUCAUGUCGGAUUCCAAUAUUAAAGAAGACUGA